AUGGCCUCCUCUAUUUUUGCUCCCCUUUUUCCUGACGAAGCCUCCCAUAAGAAGCGGUAUCAAAUUUCCCUUGAUGACAAUAACCCAGAUAUAACGAGAACACUGUUCGAGCUUUGUCACUUUGAGAGGAUAGUCCCGAUGCAUCCACCUAGCCUUGAGGGUGCCAGCCUAUUUGCUGCAUCAUCACGAAGAUAUGGGCUAGUGAAUUUGAUGGCUCCCUGGGUGAUGACUUGGACAUCAUCACUCUACGAUAAUGAUAAACUUGAUUUCAGCAAGGGGGAUGAUUUAAUUGCGUGGCUCAACAUAUGUCUCAUUUUCCGCCAGGAGGAGAUGUUUAGAAAGAUCACUAGACGGGCUAUCAUUACGGCUACGGCAGAAUCACUUAACUUGGCUGUGCCAAUCGAGAGCCCGUUCAAAGAAAUUAUUGAAUCUAUUGCCCGCCGUCGUAUCACUGUUAUUACCGAGCUUAUUACAGUCGCCCUCGCAUUACUCGCUCGAUAUCAAACAGCUGAGGGGCCUAUGAGCUUUGGUCUGUACCAGCCAGUUCCAAUUUCACCGUAUCCCGGAAUGAGCGCAAUGGGUAUUAUCGGCGAGAUAAAAGAUCUACAAUUGCGAACAGAUCCAAGCCACAGUGGGACUUGCGGUAGAGAAAUUAAGAUUGAAAUUAUCGAAAAGCUAAGGAUUGCGAUUGGAAUUCUGGAACUUGUUAAAGGCUUGAGUAUUUCAAAAUAUAACUUACAGACGGAACAAGCGGAAGAGUUUUUACUCCAAGUUGUGGAAGAUCCGGCGGUUCAAACUUACGAUAAAGAACACCCAAAAAAUGGUGGGGGUGGAAAGGCCGAGAAUAAAGAAAGUAGAGGAGGCAGGAACGAGGAACCAACCCAAGGACCGAGAAAAGAAGUGGACGAAGAGAGAAACGAGGAUGUAAAGUUUAGCGAUAAAGAUGGUGACUAUGAGAAGGACGAGUCUAGUUCUGAGCUCUCUACUCAUAUCAACCAAGAUCUGGACUCUCUUUCCGAGACCAGUGAUAUUCAAGUCCCCGCUGGAGUCAUUGACGGCUUUUCGGAAACUAAAGAAACAAUCGAAGAUUUUGGACCCCAGGUCUUUUUUAGAGAGGGAGAUGCAGAUGCCAGACGAAAGAAUUAUGAUAUUGAAAAGGAUGAGGAAGAGCAAAAACAAGAAGGAGAAGAUCUGAAAGACAAUGUCUCUCUAAAAGAGGACAAAGACGCAACUACUCUAGUCUACAUGCAAGAGGUAAUUCCGGACCAUUCAAAUAUCACCAUGAAUAAUGAACCUGCACCUGCAGACGAGACAUACUCUUCCCUAGCGACUAACGGGAUUGAAAACGCGCUCAAUCCAGAAAUCGGGGAGAAAACGCUUCCCAAAGUUGCACCCCUAAGGCACGCCGUGGCAAGAGCCAAUGCCGAAGCACACGGACAAACAUGGUCAACCCCUGGUUCCGAACUAGCGAGAAAAUAUCAGAGGGGACCACGAAAUCCUUUCCCUGACGGAAUAACAGUAGGUGAUGUGUCCCAUGAAGGCCACAUAGCCGAUCUUAAGGUCUUAAAGAGUCGGUUUCCCGCGUUGAACGUUAACGAUCUCAUCACGUUCCUCAAGCAGAAAAACUGGGACUUGCAAUUGGCAACAGAAUUUCUUUCCGCCACCGAAAUCGCAGUCACGGAUCAAAGCGAUACCGAUACUCAUAACGGAACUGUGUCUGUGAUAAAUACGUUAGCCUUGGAGCCUAAGUCCGAUUAUAUUAUCUAUAAGGAGCCAGGUGAAUAUCUAGAAGCACCUGAGAAGACUCCUACCGAGGCUUCUGCAACUGAAGGAGUACCUCAAUUAGCUAUCCAAGAGUCUGCUCCCAUUUCUUACGAGGAAUCCCAUCAAAACUCGAUUACAUCCCCGGAAGCGCCUUUGGGAAAUUCUGACAUCCACCAAGUUCCGUCACCAGCUACUUUGGGGCCUGUCUUAGACACACCAUCAUCCAUACCCCGAAAAGCACCACUAAACGACUCUACCAUCCAGGAAGUAGUUCUUCAAUCGGCUACUCCUGAAUCUGUCUUUGAAAAAAGCACAUUUAUAUCACAGGAAAAGGCCCCGGAAGGUUCUAUCACAACAAAGGAUCUUUUACCACCUCCUACGGUAUCUGUCUCUGAUGGAAGUUCAUCCACACUACAGAAAGCAAUGUCUGAAUGUUCCGUCACAAAAGAAGCUCUCUCACCAAAUACUAUCCUCAACAAGGUCAGCAUCUCACGUUUGAUUGCCGGGAAGCUCAGUAAGGAGGAAGCCGAAAAACGUUUCUGGCCGACAGAGGAGGAUAUGGAUAUUAAAAAAUACUUGGGGAUCAGUGCGAAUAGAAAGAUAGUGAAGAAGCUAGUGCAUCGGUUCCCCGAGUCGACUCCCGACAGGGGUCUUAUCGACGUGCUCUACCGUUCAGGUUGGGAUCUUGAAAAGGCUACUAGCAUGUUGGAAGGUCUUGGGUUAGUUCGACGCGCAAUUUAA